ACUAUUUGCAAUAGGUAAGGAGCAAAAUAUCCUGCUAUAUUGACAUAGUAUAAAUAUAAUCUAGCUAUUUUCAGUCUGCAUAGCAUAUCACACAAAAAAAAAUAAUCCUGCUUUUUCACUUGGUGAAUGUUACAAUGAACAAGUCAGAGACGUUCGGAUCCAGUUGCAGCAUUUAUUAAACAGAAUGGUCAGGCAGAAAUCAGGAAUGGCGUCAGUUAUGUCAGGGAUAACCAGAAACAAGCAGAGAUCGGGGCAGGCAGCAGAGAAUCAGAGUCGGAAUAAACAUUCCAAAGGUCAAAUUUGGAAAUAACAAACACAGGGAAAAAUGCUCAGAAAUGCCUAACAGGGCUAACCAAGACUUCAUAGUAACUGCGAGUGAUUGUGCUGCUUAAAUAUGUGUCUGUGUAUUAGCUGCAGCUGUUUGUGUCUAAUAGGCUGAUGAAUGAGGUGCAGGUGUGGCUAGGUGAUUGUGAUGCAUUGACUCAUGGGGAAUGUAGUUCGGGUGUGGUGCAACAGAAUGAAAGGUGCUAGUGUCCAAGUGAUUAUGGUGACAUCUGGUGGUUGAUGGAAAGAGAAGAUGUCAGGGUCAUGAGUGGAGUGCCCUAUAUAAGAGUUCAUGGGCACUCCAGCUGAUGAUCAUAGCAGUGUACAUAGCAUCUAUCUCUAAGAAAAUGUGCUGUUUUCAAUAGUGUAAAUAGGCUCUAUAUCGUGCAAAAAAACACUGCUCCGGGUGUGUGUUUUCACUAAUGUAUUUCUGCAGUUGGAUGGGUUAAAAGCAGAGCACAAUUUCCAAGUAUGGGUCAUUAUACUUGGCCACAUGUCACUUCACUUUCGAAUUGAGGUGAUUGCUAUUGUCUUCUGUAGAGUUGCUUUACAACUAAACAUUACCUUGUUUCAUAAUGGAUGAACUUGGUAACAUCAAUACUGAUAAAACUACAUUGAACUGACUUGAGCUGAAUGAUGACACUAUUAUCUUCCGCUUCUGUAGAGCUUUACAACUGAAAUUGAAGGUGUUUCAUAACUGAUGAACUUUGCAAGACUGUUAUUUUCCUUUUUUUUGUGAAGCUAAUUUAAAACAGUCAGAAUCUGACAUUAAUAUUGUAUAAAGUGCUUUAUAAUUUUUUUUAACUUGAUUUGACAUCUCAGUGCACUGACUUUAUCCAGUGAACACCAGAUGGCGCAAGCAAACAACUGUUUCCAGUGCUGGUGUCUCUAAUGCAGCAGUGGUAGGGCCACAUCACUCCACAUUUGCAUCUCUGUUUCUUUGUAUGCAUAAUGGGAGCAUUAGUCUCCUUGUUAUGCUAAAUUAAUAACAUAUGAACCAACAUGUGGGAGAGAUCUGCCACCAAUGUGACAAAAACAAAAGCAUAAAUGAUGAAUAGCAAACAAAAAUGCUGUCCUGACAAAAUGAUUCAUGUGUAGGUCAAAGGGCACAGAGGUCAGAUACUGUACUUAAGGCUGCAGGACACCACAGAGGAUACAAACUAUUUUAUUGCCUGUGACUAUAAUCAAAAGCCUUUCAAAUAGACACAUCGGCACCUGCAAAAGCUUUACUCACAGAAAAACAACACAAACAUACUCAUGCAAAUUAAGUUUUCUGUCACUCAGUUUGCUUGAGUGUGGAGAUUUGUGGAUUAUUAUGACAUUACAUACUCAACAGAUUGAAAAAAUGUUUUGUUUUGGGAUUUCAAAGCAUAGUUUAGACUCAUGCCAUCCGGCCCAUGGACCUACAGUAGAUUUCAUCUGUUUAUGUGUGUGGAGUGAAGAGCUCUGGUUCUAAUUUUGGCUUUACUUUACAGACAAAAAGAUUUACAGGCCAAAGAAAGAGAUGGAGGAACGCAGUACAAAGUAGGAGGAGAGAAAAGAGAGAGUUUAGGCUUGCACUGUUUUUAGAUGUUGCUCACAGUCCAUGUGUGUGUGUGUGUGUGUGUGUGUGUGUGUUUGGUGUGUCCAUACUGUUAAUGGAUCUGCUAAUUAAGGACUUCUCAGGUGAAGCCAGAAAAAGCAGGAGAGGAAAUGGAGGAGAAGAGAGCCAGGUAAGAGGAGCUGGUAGAAAUAAAUUAUCAACUGAAGAGAGAAGAUGGGGGGGAAAUAAGACAAACCUAAAGGAGGAGCAGAGAGAAAAGAAAGGUAUGUGGCUGCCUGAUAGUAUGAAAGGGAAUACAGAGAGAGAAAGAGUAAAAGAAGAAGGCAAAGUGAUUAAAUAGCAAGGAAAGAGAGAACUAAGAGAGGAGAGACUCUGGUAAGAAUUUUUACACCAAUUAAAAGAAAUGGCAAAGGAAUAAAAAGGGUGAUUCUGUCAGGACGACUGCUCUGUUAAAGUAACUCUAUCUGCUCUGAGCCGUAACAUACAGUAAUGACUUCCCAGUGAUGGGGCCACUCCAUUCUACACACGCACACGCGCACACACACACACGCACAGAGAGAGACACUUCUAAUGAGCACUCUGGGGCUUAUACACAAUACUGAGACUACUGUGAGUUAUUUAACGAAGACGCCGAUGAGACAGAAUCAGCUUUGAUCAAGAUUUGUGCUUUUCUUUUAUCUUGACAUUUAUAAGUAUGAUCUCUUUUUUUUGGACAUCAGGUUAUGAUAAUGUGGCUCUUAACGUGGAUGUUGUUUUUUCUGUAUGUCUUGUGCAGUGUUCAUUAUGUCUGUGCUUUCUUGAAGAACAUCUCUCACGAUAUCCUCAAGAAGAUUCAGAUCUUUGGGAGAUAAUGGUUCAAUUUUAAACACAGUCCCCGUUCCCUUACACUCAUUCUGGAAAGUUUUUGUUUUGAGGAACAAACUUUUUAUGCAUCUGAGUGCAUUCUGACACUUUAAAAGUCACCUGUUGAACGCAUGUUUCAGAUCCAUAAACGUCCUUCCAUGAGCCAUGAAUCUGAUCUGUCAUCUGUUGUUCAUGACAAUUACCCUUCAUCUUGGCGUCAAGGGUGGAAGAGCCCAGCGUAAACAGAGGCAGGCUGAAGAGAAGUUGAGGCCUUAUUUGGGCAGAGUGGAUCCAGAAUCCCUGUGUAAAUUGUUGAAAUGUCACAGUCCUAUUGGUUCCUGGUGCCAAGUAGUGAAAGAGGGUGGAGUUCUCACUCCUAAAUGUGUGUGUCCAAAGACCUGCCAACAGCAGGGGGCAGCAGUGUGCAGCGUUAUGGGCAAGACGUACAGCAACGACUGUCUUCUUCACAAGGAGGCCUGCCGCAAAAAACGACGCAUUGGCAAGGCACAUAGUGGAGCUUGUCUUGUGAGUGAGGCUGAGUGCUCUGAGGAAGAGUUCGGUCAGUUCCCGUACCGUCUGCAGGACUGGUUCUUACUCCUCAGCAGAAUGGGAGAGAAAUACACACCAGCCGCUCCUUCUCAAAUCUGCCUCACACACACCCAGCGAAUCCAACUCGCAGAGAGAAGGUUUGUUCUGUUGGAUCGUAACCAGAACGGGAAGUUAAGCAGGAGAGAUCUGAGAAAGCUUCGCUAUAAGCGGAUGCCACUGGAGCACUGCGCUCAAAGAUUCUUCCAGUCAUGUGACAAGAACAAAAAUAAGGAGGUGACCCUAAGGGAGUGGACAUCCUGUCUGGUUGACCGGUCGGAGCGCUGGUUUCAGGAUUUCAUGUCCAUGAAGAUGGGCUCACCAAAGCUGUGUCUUGUCCCAGAAAGCACCCUCUAAAUACCUUUAGAUGCUUUAUCCAGGUGGAAUUUUUUUAAACCUUAUCAGCUGGACUCAUGAAUUUUAAUAAACUAGGUGACAUGACAAUUAUCUAGAAGUUAUAAUAAUUGAUACCUUGAGAAAGCUAGUCAUUUGCAUUCUGCAUUUGAUGGAUUAAAAAUACUGUAAAAU